AUGGGGCCAAUAGGGACACUGCAGUCGUCAACUUCCAUCACAAAAUCAGUCCCAGAGGACGAAGAGGUAGGAUCCAACGUCACGGCUGUUCCCGCUACAGACAAAGACAGCGGCUUCAAUAAAGAGAUCAGAUACUCGCUGAGAGGAGGAGAGGGGAGGUUCUCUGUUGAUCCUGUGUCUGGGGUGGUAAGUGUGGCUGGUGCCCUUGAUCGGGAGACCAAGGCUGAGUACAACCUGCAGGUGGUGGCUGAAGAUCAGGGUCGUCCAGCCAGGUCAUCCACAGCCACGCUGCUGGUCCAAGUGUCCGACAUCAACGAUAACAUCCCAGAGUUCUCCAAGGCCGAGUAUCAGGCUGAAGUCUCAGAGAUAGAGUCAGUGGGUACGAGCUUUCUCACAUUAUCAGCUGUAGACCCCGACGAAGGACCAAAUGGGCGAGUUACUUUCAGUAUUUUCCAGCAAAGUCCCUCAUCAGACCCUGCUGUUUUUGGGUUGGACCCUGCCAGCGGGACUCUGCAGCUGGUCCAGCCUCUGGACUACAGUGAGGUGCAGGAGUACCGUCUGAUGGUUCAGGCCUCUGAUGGGGGGACUCCCCCUCUGGUUGGGAACAGCUCUGUGGUGGUGAAAGUGAAGGACGUGAACAACAACCCACCUGAGUUCAGUAAGGAAAGCUACGACGUGGCCGUCUCUGAGAACCUGGCCAGUGGUGCGUCCAUCCUGACCCUGGAGGUCACUGACAGGGAUGAGGGAGGAUUUGUGGGAACUCUUCGGAUCCUUCCAGAAUCUGCGCCUUUCUCGAUCAGCCCUGAUGGAACGAUCAGAGUGAAAAACUCCACAGCUUUGGACAGAGAAGCCACAGAAAGGAUCAUGUUUCAGGUCGAAGCGAGGGAGACGAAACCGCCAAACCAUGUCGCAAUGGCCAAUGUGAACAUAACUCUUCUGGAUGAGAACGACAACAGCCCUGAAUUCACCAGCAGCGAGUACGCAAGCAAAGUCUUCACCAACCAAACAGAGGGGAUGUUGCUUGUGAAGGUCGAGGCAGAAGACCCAGAUGCAGGUGUGAAUGGACAGAUCAAAUACUCCAUUGACUUUGGGAAUCAAAACAACUACUUCUCUAUUGAUAAAAACACCGGAACCAUCACGCUGACGAAUCUCAUUCCACUGGAAGCACUUAAAACCUUACAGUUCCUAUUGUUCAUCACGGCCAGAGAUGGGGGCGUAGUGUCCCGAUCCGCCUCAGCACAGGUGGAGAUUCUCGCUGUUGGAAGUUCAAAACCACAGUUCACACAGAGCAACUACAGUGGCACCAUAGAAGAAGAGAGAGAUGCGGGAACAGUGAUCCUGAAGGUUGGGAUCUUUGCAGCAGGAGAAAUUCCUUGGACGCUCCGAGUUGAGACAGAAGCCGACAAGUUUUCCAUCUCCCCCAAUGGUGACUUCACCACAAGGGUGAAGCUCGACUAUGACGGAGCUCCACACAACUACUCUGUGGAAAUCUCCAUCUCUGACGGGGACAGCAGGGACACUGCAGUCGUCAACGUUCAAGUCACUGACGUCAAUGACAACAGUCCUGUUUUUGCCUCCAGUUCCAUCACAAAAUCAGUCCCAGAGGACGAAGAGGUAGGAUCCAACGUCACGGCUGUUCCCGCUACAGACAAAGACAGCGGCUUCAAUAAAGAGAUCAGAUACUCGCUGAGAGGAGGAGAGGGGAGGUUCUCUGUUGAUCCUGUGUCUGGGGUGGUAAGUGUGGCUGGUGCCCUUGAUCGGGAGACCAAGGCUGAGUACAACCUGCAGGUGGUGGCUGAAGAUCAGGGUCGUCCAGCCAGGUCAUCCACAGCCACGCUGCUGGUCCAAGUGUCCGACAUCAACGAUAACAUCCCAGAGUUCUCCAAGGCCGAGUAUCAGGCUGAAGUCUCAGAGAUAGAGUCAGUGGGUACGAGCUUGCUCACAUUAUCAGCUGUAGACCCUGACGAAGGACCAAAUGGGCGAGUUACUUUCAGUAUUUUCCAGCAAAGUCCCUCAUCAGACCCUGCUGUUUUUGGAUUGGACCCUGCCAGCGGGACUCUGCAGCUGGUCCAGCCUCUGGACUACAGUGAGGUGCAGGAGUACCGUCUGAUGGUUCAGGCCUCUGAUGGGGGGACUCCCCCUCUGGUUGGGAACAGCUCUGUGGUGGUGAAAGUGAAGGACGUGAACAACAACCCACCUGAGUUCAGUAAGGAAAGCUAUGACGUGGCUGUCUCUGAGAACCUGGCCAGUGGUGCGUCCAUCCUGACCCUGGAGGUCACUGACAGGGAUGAGGGUGGAUUCUCUAAUGGCCACUUCGUCUACGCCAAAGAUACCUUUGACAUUAACAAUCAAGGUGUGGUCUCACUGAGGAAGGACGUCACCUUGGAUAGGGAGACUAAGGAUAGCUACAUAUUACAGGUCGUGGCGGUGGAUCAGGUGACCGGCGGUCUGAACGCCACAGCUGAGCUCAACAUCACAGUCCUGGACUACAAUGACAACGCCCCACAGUUCCCAGCAAUCCCAGACCCCCUGCAGAUCCCUGAGGGAAACUACUCAGAGGAAAACCCAAGAGAGGUUUUCACCAUCGUGCCCACGGACGUCGACCUCGGCCUGAACGGAGAAGUCACCGUCUCCCUCCCCGCCCCUCACCCACUCUUUAGAUUCAGAGAGGACGGGACGCUGCUGGCUGUCGGGCCUCUGGAUCGGGAGAGCAGGGAAACGUACGACCUGGUUGUGAUAGCUUCAGACGGAGGCAAACCACAGAGAGAGAACAUCACCACCAUCAGAGUGAGCCUCACCGACAUCAACGACAACAGACCCGAGUUCAGCUCCAGCAGCUACGUCAGCAGCGUCCUGCUGAAAGACGCGGAGGAGGGGAAGCUGCUGCUGACGCUGUCCGCCACCGACGGAGACGCCGGGGACAACUCACUCAUCGCCUACAGUUUCUCUGAAGGAAGUUCUCCAUAUUUGGCCUUAAACAGUGAGACCGGGGCAGUGACUUUGACCUCUGACCUCGCUGAUGUCACAGAGGACACAACGCUGAAGCUGACAGCCAUGGCCAAAGACCACGGUCGGCCUCCUCUGAACUCCACAGUUCCUGUCGUGGUGAAUCUGCGCGUUGUCAGUCUGGUCGAGGGCGUCGCUUUCCGGAGCUCCUCUUACAACUUCAGCCUCCCUGAGAACCAGGCGGCGGGGUUCGCAGUGGGGAGGGUCUGGGCCUCGUCAGGAAGUGACCUUUACGAUGUCGCCUACGCGCUGAAGACACACACGGACCUGUUCUCCGUCGACGCCAGCGGAGCCAUUGUGACCAAGGCGCAGCUGGACAAGGAAAAGCAGGAGUGGUACAUCCUGGACGUGGAGGCCGUGGACACAAGGUCCCCCCCUACAUCAGCCACCGCAGUGGUCAGAGUUCAGGUGGAGGACGUGAACGAGUCUCCACAGUUUCACCCUGAGGUUUAUAAAGCCUCUGUCUUCAGCAUCGCUCCCUAUAAAACCUCCGUCACCCGCGUCAACGCGACAGACCCUGACGUCGGUGAGGAGGGUCAGCUGGACUACAGUCUGUCAGUGGAGAGUCCUUACUUUGACGUGGACCCGUCCUCAGGUCUGGUGUACGUGGUCUCAGCGGAAGGUCUGGCUGGAAAGACGACUACAGUGGAGGUGAAGGCCACAGACCCCCGAGGUCUUCACGCUACAGCCAGGGUGGAGGUGGCCGUCCAGGGAAACGCGAACAGCGGCGACAUGGUGACCAUCUCCCUCAACCGGCUGGCCAACAUCGUGGAGAAGAAAGUUCCAGAGUUAGAGAAGUCUUUAGGUUUGGUUCUGGGCUGGACCGUGACGGUCAUCCAGGUGUGGAGCUUUAACGGAGGAUCCACCGAGUCCAGAGCACUGAGAGCGGAUGGGAGGACGAUGGUCAGCUUCAUCACUGCCGACGGAGAGGAAGUCAUUUCCUCUGAGGAAGUCACAAAGAAACUGCAGAGCCAAUCAGCUGCUGUGAGCACCGAGCUGGUCAAAGUGUUUGGGAAGGGGCUUCAUUUCAAGGUAGAGCUCAAGCCUCAAGAGUCCGCCUCCAACCACGCCGUGGUCAUCGCUCUGGGCGUCCUGCUGGCCCUGAGCAUUGUGGGAUUCAUCGUUGCUGUCACCUUUGUUAUCAGGUUCAAGGUGAAGGAGAAACAUCAGGAUUCUGACAAAGAGAGUUUUGACAUUAACCUAAAAGCUGAAGGUUACACGAACUGGGGUCAGAAGAUUUCUGAAUCCUCUGCACAGGGACAGACGAGGUCAGAGGAGGACGAGCAGCAGAGGACCGACAGAGAGACCGACGACGAGUGGAAAGUGAAGACGGACAGCGACAGUGUGAGAGGUCGAGACGACAGAAACAGUGGCGGUCAUGAAAGCCACACUUCUGCUCUCUGAUCUGAACACGGCAGCUGUCAAUCAAACUGUACGGAGUGUGGAGAGUGCCACUAAAAUAUGAUUUACCACAGCUGACCAAUCAGAGCUUCUGUUGCUGCGCUGUGGGUUGGACACAAUUUAAGAUAAUGAGUCGUCUUUAAAUUAAACUGUCAACAAACAAAAGCCACAUUCAGAGUUUGUAUGUUUCCUUGAGGCUUUACAAACUUCUAUGUAUUUAUUUCCUCAUAAUUUGUAUUGAAAUAUAUGAACAUAUAUAUAUAUAUAUAUAUAUGUGUGUGUGUGUAUAUAUAUUAUAUACAUAGCAUUGUUAAAAUUUAUGUUUAUUGGCUUUGUUCUUCAAACAAUCGGACUCAUUGAUAAAAACAUUCCUCUGUAGCUACACAAAGAUCCACUCAGUAACUUAAAAUCUACUGCUGAUGAUAUGAACAUACAGAUACUGUAAGGCCACAUCAGUAAAUGGUGGGAGGGAAAAAAUCAGUAUUUCCAUCUGAAUUUAUUUUUCAAUUUAAAUCUAAAAUUUAUCAUAAAAAAAGGUUUUUGUUUUUAUAUUAUGUUUUAAAAAAGCAACACGCUACUUGAUGUCUCCCAGUUUAGCAUUUCUAAGCAGUAAUGUAGUUACAAGCAGAUUUUGUUUAUUAAUAUUCAGUAUUUGACAACAAUUUUACAACAAAUAACAAUUGUGUUUUACUGUCUUGUCAUUCAUGAUCUGUUGUGAGUUGUUGACAAAUAUAUUAACACUUAGAUCUUACAACUACAUUAUACUGUUAAAAACCAAUUAUCAACUGUUUAUCUACUGCAUAUAAGUGCUAAUUUAACAUUUUAACACAAAAUGAAAAAAAAUAAAAUGUUUUGAUUGGUACAUUAACUUCAUUAAUACAUCUAUAAUAACUUUCUAGUUUCAAUAUAUCUAAUGUAUACCCUCAGACUCCAAACAAGGAGAGACCUCAGUGGCAGCUUUUACUUUCUUUAGUUCAACCUGUUUUCUUCACUGAAAUCAGAUGCUGUCGUUCAGUUUAACAUUUUUCAUCAUCAUGUCUUUAAAAAAACAAGCUGAUUUUACAAGAGACACUUCGCUGCCAGAUUUCUCUUUUUUUUUGUCUUGUUUUAGGUUAUGGAGACUAUCACAUCAUGUGACUAAAUAAUUGACAAAAUGAGAAGAUGAAAUGUUUUUUGGACGAAUGUUUGUGUCGCUUUAUGCUAAAGAUUUCACUGAGGAUCGAAUGUCAUUGCAAUUAAAUGUAAUUAUCAGUCUGAGUAUUAUGUCAGCUGGGUAAUUACAUAAAACUGAGCUGCUCUGUCAAGAUUAUAUGUAUUUUCGUUUUUUAAUUUUCUUAGUGCACUUUAUCAGUAAAAAUGUAAAUAUCACCACAGCUCUACAGUAACUCUGGAACGUAACUACAACAACAACAACUAUCAAAAGCACUUUCCUGUAAUAAAAUGAAUUUUAAUUG